AUGAGAUUAAACAGGAAUUAUUUCAUUUCUUCUUUUUCCCCUUCAACAGCUUUUAAUUUUUUAAUUCCAUUAAUUCUGCUCUUAAUUAUAUUUAAUGAUACAAAUUCAUCAGUAUUUCCAAACAGACUUCUAUCAGAUAAUCUAAUAUUAAAAGCACAAAUGAGAUUUAAAAGAGAUUUUCAACUGCCUUUACAACAAAAUGAAUCUCCAAAUAUUGAUAUACCACGAUCAAAGAGAGGUUAUUUUGGUGGAGGCGUUAUGGCUCAAAAAGCUCGUAUUGGCACAGAAGUUGGGUACGUGUGUGGAAAUCGGGGGGACAACAAAAAGUUGAACAGAAUGGAGAGGUAACG